CCGUCACGCGCCGGUGACGCGCAGGGGGCGGGGCCUGCGCGUGUCACGUGCCCCGGGGCGGUCACGUGGUGCGGCGGCCGCCAUGCUGUCCCGGCUGCUGAAGGAGCACCAGGCCCGCCAGAGCGAGCGGCGCGAGCUGCAGGAGCGGCGCCGCAGGGACGCCAUCGCCGCCGCCACCCGCCUGACCGAGGCCCUGGUGGAUCACCUGAACGUGGGGGUGGCGCAGGCCUACGUGAACCAGCGCAAGCUGGAGCAGGAGGUGAAGACGCUGCAGGCGCAGGCGGCGCAGUUCGCCCGCCAGAGCGGCCACUGGAUCGCCAUGGUGGAGAGCUUCAACCAGGCCCUCAAGGAGAUCGGCGACGUGGAGAACUGGGCCAGGAGCAUCGAGCUGGACAUGAGGACCAUCGCCACCGCCCUCGAGUACGUCCACAGGGGGCAGCUGCAGCCCCCCUGCUCCUGAGGGACCCCCCAAACCCCGCCGGACCCCCCGGAGCCCCCGGAACCCCCAAAAUAACGGCGGACGGGGGUCUCACCGCGGCGUCCUCGGCUCCCCUGGUGCUGGCAGCGGUGCAAUAAAUCGGGGGGGGGGGGGCCCGGGGGGGUGAGGGGGGUCAGGCCGGGCCGGGGGGACCCUGGCACAGCCCCCCCAAAUCCCCCCUAAGCCCCCUGAUCCUCCUUAGCGCUCA